AUGGCAGAGACGGGAGAAGUCGGAGCAAAGAAAGGACGGGGUAGAAAAAGCAGCAUAGAUCCACCAUCAGUGUCAGACUUAAGGCUGGUGCUCGUUGGGAAGACUGGUGCUGGAAAAAGCUCCACUGGAAACACUAUUUUAGGAAGAAAUGCCUUCAGAGCAGUCACUAAACACUCCUCAGAGACCUCUGAAUGUUCCAAACAACGAGAGAAAGUAUCCAAAUGGAUGGUUUCAGUCGUUGACACUCCUGGCCUCUUUGACACCUAUCAGCCUGAGGAAACGGUGAAGAGAGAAAUCUCCAAAUGCAUCAACAUGUCGACCCCGGGCCCCCAUGCCAUUCUACUGGUAAUCAAAGUUGGACGAUUCACACCAGAGGAAAGAGACGCCGUGCUGAAGGUGGAGAAAAUUUUUGGAAAGGAAGUCUGGAAGUACACCAUGAUCCUCUUCACUCAUGGGGAUAAGGUGAAGUCAGACUUUGAUGAGAUGUUGAAGGAGGCUGGACCAGAUUUGAAGGAGAUCUUGGAGAAGGCUGGAAAUCGAUACCAUGUGUUCAAUAACCUCAGAGCUCAUGACCGUAGACAAGUUCUUAGUCUGCUAGAGAAGGUUGAGGAGAUGGUGAAUAAUACAGGAGGUCAGUUUUAUUCUAAUGAUACAUAUGAGGAGGCAGUGACAAUGCUGGAUGAGAGGGAGGCUGAACUCAAACGUUUAUAUGAGAAAAAACUUGAGGAGGAAACAACAGCUAUGAAGGCAGAGUAUGAAGAGCAGCUAAGAGAAGCUAAAGAGGACAAAGGGAAGGUAGAGAAGCGGAUGCAGACUGAACUGGAGGAGUUGGAGCGUUACUACCGUGCCUUAGAGAGAGGAGUCCGUCAAGUUGUAGAGCAGCUGCCCAAAGAGGAUGAUCAACUCCUCAAGAGAUUUCAUGAAACUUUGAAGCUAAACUGA